CCGCCGGUGGCUAAUGGCGCGUCGUCCGCUGCUGUUUCUCCCGCUGCUGCAGCUACUCGCUGCGGUGGCGCCGGCGGCCUGCCUGACCGUCAACACGGAGCCGUCCGAGGCGCUGCCGGCCAUGCGCUCGCGGCAGGCUGACACGCGGGUGCUGCUUGAACUGGAGGAGGGACAGCCCGCGGGCACGCUGGUCGGAUACAUACCUGUGCGCGCUAACUUCACGUACCGCUUCAACGAGCAGCCGGCCGAGUUCACCCUUGACCCAGAGUCGGGCGCCAUCCGGACGGCGGUGGAGAUCGACCGCGAGCAGCUGGCCAGCGACCGCUUCGACCUGGUCGUGCUCAGCAGCCAGCCGACAUACCCGAUCGAGGUACGCCUGCGGGUGCUCGACGUGAACGACAACGCGCCCGAGUUCCCCGAGUCGAGCUUGAACGUGGCGUUUUCCGAGAGUGCGAAUGUGGGCACUCGCGUCAUCCUCGACACGGCCAGUGACGGGGACGCUGGCGCCAACGGUCUCAGCACUGACUACCGCAUCGUGGGGGGCAACGAGGACGCCAAGUUUCGGUUGGUGGUCACCACGAACCCAAGCGGAGAGACGCCCUUCCUGCACCUGGAAACCACGGGUCGGCUGGACCGCGAGGCGCGCGAUUCGUACACGCUCAACGUGUCGGCUCGCGACGGGGGCACGCCUCCGCGUCUGGGACACCUUCAGGUGAAUGUGACCGUGGUCGAUGUGAACGACAACCCGCCCAUGUUCGAUCACAGCGACUACUUUGUGAGCAUCAACGAGAGCCUCCCCGCGGGCGCCAGCGUGCUUCAAGUACGCGCCACGGACGCUGACGCCGGGGUCAACGCGCAGCUCUCUUAUUUCCUCGACCCCGCUGUGCAGGCGGAUUUCGCCAUCGACGCGGACACCGGUGUGUUGCGGACAGCGUCGACGGGGCCGCCCCGCUGCAAGCGCAGCCGACCCGACGCGCCGCGCAGUUGUGUGUUCACUGUGUUCGCGCACGACCACGGAUCGCCGCGUCAGGAUGGACGAGCCUACGUGACCGUCAGUCUGGUCGAUGCCAAUGACCACGAACCUGUGAUUCGCUUCCGUGUGUUUACGGCGCCGGACAGCUACGCCACUGUGGACGAGAACGCGCAGAACGGCUCUGUGGUGGCUGCGGUGAGCGUGAUCGACCACGACGAGGGCCCCAACGGCGACACUGUCGUCGAGAUCCGAGGUGGCAACGAGCUGGGCCAUUUUCGACUGGAGCCCACGCCCAGUUUCGACAUAGUGCGCGUGAACGGAAUUCUGGAUCGCGAGAAGGUCAGCAGGUACAACCUCACAGUGGUCGCAACUGACCGAGGUUCUCCGCCCCGGUCGUCGACAGCAUUUCUCCUGAUCCUCGUUAACGACGUCAACGAUCACGAGCCAGUGUUCGAGCAGUCGGAGUAUUCCUCGCAGCUCAGUGAGCUAGCGCCUGCGGGUAGCUUCGUGGCAGCGGUCACAGCUACGGAUCGAGACACGGGGAUAAAUGCGCGGCUGUCCUACGCCAUAUCAUCGGGCAAUGAAAAGUUGUGGUUCCGCAUAGACCCUGCGACGGGGCUCGUGACCACUGCUCGGUCUAUAGACCGCGAGCAGCAGGAUCUUAUCGAACUUAAGAUUUCAGCCAAGGACGGCGGUCCGAAUCCGCGCUGGGCGCACGCUAUUCUACGCGUCCAGCUACUGGAUGAGAACGACCAAGCGCCGGCAUUCGCGCUGACUUCGUUCAAGGCUUCCAUACCAGAGAACGCGGAGCCAGGGUCGCUUGUCACCGUCUUAUCGGCGGCCGACGGAGACCUCGGUUCCAACGGCAGCGUCGCGUACAGCCUGGCGCCUGAAGUCGAGCUCAUGUACCCGGGCAUGUUUCACUUGGACGAAGUUCACGGUAGGCUCAUCGCCAAGCAGAGCCUCGACCGCGAGCGGCAGGACGCGUACAGCGUGAUCGUGGUAGCCCGUGAUCAGGGCAAUCCCGCGCAGUCUUCGACAGCCACCGUCGAGCUCUCGGUCCUGGACGUCGACGAUCACCGACCGCAGUUCUACCCGACGCAGUACUUUGUGGAGCUUGCCGACGGAGCACCGCCGGGAAGCUUCGUGAGCACCGUCACCGCGACGGACCAGGACGACGGGAACAACGCCCGGGUGGCUUACUCCAUUCUGGCCGGAGCUCAGGGGAAAUUCUGCAUCGACGCCACGUCGGGAACGUUGGAAACCACGCAGGAGCUACGACUGGAACACCAGGCCCGUUACGAAAUACAGGUUGUCAGCUGCGGCAUGAAUACGCUGGGAAAUGGAGCUCAGGCGAUCAAGAAAAACCCAGGGCUUGGCCUCCGAGAUCUGGUGGCGCGCACGGGCGCGCGCCGCCAGUUCUCGGAGGGUCGCCUGAACCUCCCUGGGGUGGCGGCUCGGCAUCCGAACAGCCACGACAGCGAGGGCCAAGACACGGCGCUCGUGGUGGUCUUCGUACGGGAGGCUGGUCGCGCGGCGCCGCUACGCUUUCGGUCCCCGGCCGAGGGUUACAGCUUCUCCAUCGACGAAGACGGCGCCCAACCGAGCCUGGGGCGAGAGCUGGGCCGCCUGUCGCUGGAGCGCUCGGACCAGGUUGACCGCGCCCGGUUCUCCAUCGUGGACGGAGACCCGCAGGGCUGGUUCCGGCUGGACCCGCUCACCGGAGUCCUCAGCACGGCCGCGCCCCUGGACCGAGAGCGGAGCCAGCGGCUCACUCUGGGCGUCGUUGCCAACACUCUGUCCUUCUUCGCCCGCACCAGUGUCGUGGUCACGCUGCGCGACGUGAACGACAACGCGCCGCGCUUCGCCCAGGCCCUGGUGCGCCUAGGCGUCCCCGAGAGCUGGCCACCAGGCCUCGAACUGUACGUGCCCGACGCGAGCGACGCCGACGACGGGGUAAACGCCGAGCUCGAGUACGCACUCGCCUCGGGGCCCGCGGCCCUGUUUGCCGUGGAGCACGGCAGCGGCAUGCUGCGGCUUUUGCAGCCCGUCAGGCUGCAGGCCGGCAAGGAGUUCGCCCUCGAGAUGACGGUGAGCGACCGAGGCCAGCCUCGGCUCACGUCGCGUCAGAAGCUCGUGGUGACGGUGCAGGACGUGAAUGACCACACACCGACGUUCGAGCGGCCCUCGUACGAGACGUCGUUGCUCGAGUUGACGAGCGUCAACGAGCGGUUCUUCGCGCUGCACGCCUGGGACGCCGACCAUGGCGAUAAUGGACGCGUCUCGUACAAAAUCUCGGAGGGCAACGACGAAGGCCGCUUCGGAGUGUUCCCCGAUGGCACCGUGUACGUGAAAAAGGCGCUGGACCGCGAGUGGCGCGACCUGUACGCGCUCACGGUUGUGGCGCGAGACCACGGCGAGCCGCCGCGCUCGUCCGCCGUCUCGCUGCUCGUGCACGUGCUCGACGAGAACGACAACGCGCCGGCGUUCGACAACGCCACGUUCACCUUCUCGCUGGCCGAGAACGAGCCGCCAGACACGCACGUCGGCAAGCUGACUGCAGAGGGGCGCAACGCGGAACUGAGUUUCUCGCUGGCGUCCAACGAGAACGACUUUGUUGUCGAUCCGCGCACGGGCUUCGUGCGCUCGCUGCGCUACUUCGACCGCGAGAAGCUGCUCGCACUGACGGGCCACGACUCCAUCACCAUGGACGCCGUGGUGCUCGACUCCGGCAUCACCAGGCUGCGCGGUGAAGCAAAGGUGGUGGUGCGCAUCACGGACGUGAACGACAACGCGCCGGUGUUCUCGCGGCCCAGCUACCGGGCCAGCGUGUCCGAGGCGGCCGCGCCGGGCACCACGGUGGCCCGCGUGAGCGCCACGGACGCCGACGAAGGACGCAACGGCGAGCUGCUGUACGCCAUCGCCGCGGGCAACGAGGCCGGCGCGUUCGGCAUCGACGAGGCCUCGGGCCAGCUCAGCCUGGCGGCGCCGCUGGACCGCGAGGCGGCAGGAGCCUACACGCUCCUGGUCAUCGCCAGGGACACCGGGGCCGAGCUGCAGCACACGGCCACAGCCACGGUGCUCGUGCAGGUCCUCGACGAGAACGACAAUGCGCCGGAGUUCGCGCUGGGAGCCCUCAGAGCGGACGUGCCGGAGACCACUCCGAUCGGCUACGAGCUGCACCGGUUCUCGGCGACCGACCGCGACUUGGGCCUCAACGGAGAAGUGUCCUUUUCCAUCGCCUCGGGCAACGUAAAGGAGGCCUUCAAAGUGGAUAGCGUUACGGGCGCACUUUUUCUGGACCGACCAUUGGACUUCGAGCAGCAGAGUGUCUACCAGCUCAACGUGAGCGCCAGCGACGGGGGCUCGCCGCGCCAGGCGGUGUCCGUGGCUUUCACCGUGCGCGUGCUCGACGUGAACGACAACCCGCCACAAUUCGCCAACGUCGCCAUCGUCCGCCAGAUCGAAGAAGGCCUGCCCCUGCACACGCCGGUCGUUACGGUCACCGCCGUGGACCGCGACGCCGGCGCCAACGGCAAGCUGACGUACGCCAUCACGUCGCAGGAGCCACCGGGCGCGCACUUCAGCGUGCGCCAGGACUCCGGUGUGGUCUUCACGGCGGCCGAGAUCGAUCGCGAGUUCAGCGACACCUUCCGGCUCACGCUGACGGCCACCGACCAGGGCAGCCCGAGCCUCUCGUCUCACAAGACGGUUACCAUCAUUGUGGAGGACGUCAACGACAAUGCGCCGACCUUCGUAUCAGUCGACGCCGGCAUCCUGCCGGAGGACUCCGAGAAGGGCCACGUCGUCAUGAAGCUGGAGGCCGUGGACGCGGACGCCAACGCCAACGGUCAAGUCACGUACGAACUGGUCGACGGUGACAAGAGCCUCUUCGCCGUUGACCGCACCACGGGGGACCUGUCCCUGCUGCGCGCCGUGAGCCGGCCGGCUGUGUCCUAUUCGCUGGCCGUCCAGGCUUCGGACCAGGCGGUGCCGUCGCAGCGCAAGUCCUCGCGCGUUCACCUGACCGUGCUCGGCGCCAACAAGCGUUCGCAACCACUGCCCGCCUUCUCGGCACCCCACUAUUCGGCCACGGUUCCCGAGAACCAGCCGGCAGGCACCAGCGUGCUUUCGGUGCGGGCGCAGGGAACACCGCAGGGUCGCGUGCAGUACUUUCUUACCUCCGUGCGUGCGGCGGCCUCCGGAGCGCUGGCUGGCCGCCGGUUCACCGUGCACCGCGACUCUGGACUUGUGACCACGGCGGCGCCGCUCGAUCGGGAAGCCGGCAGCGACGUCUUCCAGCUGGAGCUGCUCGCCAUCGACGCGUCAGCCAAGGUACCCAGGACUGCCAAGGCUUCGGUGACGGUGACGGUGCUGGACCGCAACGACAGCCCGCCGCGGUUCCAGAACGGUCCGUACGCGCUGUCCCUGUCCGAGGACACUCCGGUGGGCACCACGGUGGCCGUGCUGGAGGCGCGCGACCCCGACCUGGAAGGCGGCGUGCGCUUCGGCAUCGCCGGACAGCUGCAGGACUCGAGCGGCCGCUUCGAAGUGGACCCUCUCAGCGGUGCCCUGGUUCUGGCAGAGCCCCUCGACCGGGAGCUGCAGGCGCAGCAUCAGUUCCACGUAUCCGCCACCGACGGAGUCCAGUCGCAGGAGGCCUUGGUCACCAUCGAGGUACUGGAUACAAAUGACAACUUGCCACUGUUUGGGGAAGCUGCCUACUCAUUUGACUUAUGGGAGGACACACAGAGGGGUGCACAGGUUGGAGCUGUGUCUGCCACGGACACUGACAUGGGACUCAACCGGCAAGUCAGCUACUCGGUGCUCAGUGACUGGGCUAACGACGUCUUUUCCCUGAACCCUCAGACUGGCGUUUUUACGCUCACAUCGCACUUGGACUAUGAACAGCACCAGCACUAUGUGUUGGUUGUACAAGCGCAAGAUUCUGGCACACCGAGCUUGUCCUCAACUGCUACUGUAUACAUGAAUGUGAUGGAUUUGAAUGACAAUGCACCUUUGUUCGACCCCAUGAGCUACAGUGACGAGGUGUUUGAAAAUGUCACAGUCGGAUCCAGUUUACUGCGUGUCAGUGCUACAGACCUUGAUUCAGGUGACAAUGGACGUAUUGUGUACAGUAUAGUCGAGGGCGACCCCGAUGGCCAUCUAGCCAUCGAAGCAAAUGGGACCAUAAUAACACGUAUGCCAUUGGAUCGAGAAAAGAAGUCGCUGUACAGCCUUAUUGUGCGGGCAACCGACCAAGCCAUAGAAGUUCAUCGCCGCCUAUCAAGCAGUGUCCAGGUGACCAUUGUACUCAAGGACGUCAAUGACAUGGUGCCCGAGUUUGUCACACCAAAUGUGACCAGUGUGCAAGAGAAUGCGCCAGCAAACAGCAUCGUCAUGGCAGUCAAAGCAGUGGACAGUGAUGAAGGCAGAAACAGUUACGUGGAGUACAGUCUGUCACCAGAACACAGCUUCUCACUGGGCCCCGUCGAUGGCCUGCUUCGUGUCAAAGGUCCCUUGGACCGGGAACAGAGGGCCAGUUAUGAACUACUUGUGACAGCUCGAGACCGGGGUCAUCCUGUACGCUCUGCCUCCCAGAGGCUACGAGUAAUAUUGCUUGACGAAAAUGACAACAGCCCCGUAUUUGACCCACGACAGUACAGCGCGGCAGUGUCUGAGAAUGCUAGCCUUGGAACCAGUGUGCUUCAAGUGUCUGCUACAGAUCAAGAUGAAGGUGCUUCAGGUCAGGUGCGCUACUCUAUCAUCGCGGGUGACCCGAACCAUGACUUUGAAGUCGGCCAGGACACUGGUGUGCUACGAGUACGCCGGGCCCUUGACUACGAGCGCCGGACACGAUAUCUGCUCACUGUCCAGGCGGAAGAUUGUGCUGGUGCUGGAGGCACAGAGCUGCGUUUUGACACAGCCACUGUGACUAUAGCUGUGACAGAUGUGAACGAUAAUGCUCCGGCAUUUGUGGACUCUCCUUACGAAUUGCAUGUUGUGGAAAAUGCAGCUACGCCUGUGGUGCUCCUCACACUCAGUGCACACGAUGCAGACCACGUGCCUAGUGGUCCACUCUAUUACCGCCUGGAAGAAAGCACUCAGGGACUGUUUCGUGUGAACAGCUCUACUGGUAAGCUCUCGCUCGUGCAAUCACUGGACCGAGAAGUCAAGGACCGAUACCAGCUUACUGUCCUUGCAGUGGACUCUGGCAGUCCAAGGCAGACUGGAACAGGAACAGUUAACGUUCUUGUGAGUGACAUCAAUGACAAUGCCCCUCGGUUUGAACGUAGUCGCUACAUUGUUACACUGCCCGAGAACCAACCAGUGAACACACCUCUUACAACCAUCACGGCCACUGAUGCCGAUACUGGAAGGAAUGCCCAGAUCAGGUAUUCCCUGCGUGGUGAGAAUGCGAGCCAGUUUCGAGUGGAGCCGGAUAGCGGCAUUAUUACAGCCCAGGCCCCUAUGGACCAUGAGGAGUGUGAACGCUAUGUGCUUCAACUUGUUGCUGAAGACCACGGUCUGACACAACGUCACACGGCAGCUACAGAGAUCAUUGUCCUUGUCACAGAUGAGAAUGACAACAGGCCAGUUUUCAGUGAAAACAACAUGACAGUCGUCAUUCCGGACACAUCUGAUACAGGUCAUUUUAUUCUGGGCGCCCAAGCACAAGACAUGGACUCUGGUGCAAACGGACGGCUGAUUUUCCACUUAUCUGGACCAGAUGCGGAAAAGUUCCAAAUCAAUCAGGAGACGGGCAUUGUGCGACUGGCCAAGAAGUUGCCGGCAGGGCAGAAAAAAGAUGUCACCUACCACUUUCAAAUCCAUGCCACAGAUCAAGGCAAAGUUCCACUGUCGUCUAGCGCCAGUGUUCGUGCAUCUAUCGCCAGCGGCAACCUGUUCCCCAAGUUCCAGUCGGGCACAAUGAACAGGCUUACAUUGUCUGAAGGUGGAAUCGGAAGCAAAGGACAAGUGCUGACGACAAUAUCUGCAACAUCUCCCAAAGCUGGGCCUGCUGCCAGAAUCAACUACCACAUUGCAGGAGGAAACAAUGGUGGCGCAUUCGCAUUAAAUCCGACGACUGGAGACCUCAGAGUUGUGCACGGUGAAGUGCUUGAUUUGGAAACGAUGCCCAGAAUGCAACUGUGGCUGGCAGCUGGUGAUAGUGAUGACCCAAUGCUAAGCAGUGCAACAAGGAUCGACAUAGAGCUGACCGAUGUGAAUGACAAUGUCCCAGAGUUUGAACAAGACCUGUACAAUACCUCAGUAAGGGAGGAGCAACUUCCAGGUCAGCUGGUUGCAAAACUCUACGCACGUGAUCCUGACAGUGACAAGAAUGGAAGAGUGAGAUACAAACUGCGGCCCAUGACAGCAAAGGAGAGCACUGCAUCACUGCCAUUUGAACUAAAUGCCAAUACGGGUGAACUGCGCACAACAGCUCGCCUGGACCGCGAGCAGAUUGCCUCCUACCAAUUCCUGGUGGAAGCCAGUGAUCAUGGGAGUCCUAGUUUAACCGGCACAGCCACUGUUGUUGUAACCGUGACAGACAAGAAUGACAACCCACCUCGCUUUACCAGGCUCUUCAGUGUUAAUGUAACUGAAAAUGCUCCCAUUGGAUCCUUUGUCAUCCAAGUGACUUCUUCUGACCGAGACGCUGCUGAAAAUGCAAAUGCAACAUACAGUUUCACAGAGAACCCCGGCGAGCGAUUUGCCAUUGACCCAUACUCAGGAAAUGUGACCGUUGCAGGCCUGCUGGAUAGGGAACUGCACGAAGAAUACCUCCUUAAAGUAGCCGCUGUUGAUGGUUCUUGGAAAGCAGAGACACCACUGACUAUCUCUCUUCAUGACAUGAAUGAUAAUGCACCACGGUUUCUGCAGCCUGUGUACAGGUUCAGGCUUGCUGAGCUGCAGCAGGCAGGAGCCUUCAUUGGCCAUGUAUCGGCAAUGGACGCAGACAAAGCUGGCCCCAAUGCUGCCGUGACAUAUGCACUUCGACAUCCAUCUGACUUCUUCAGCUUGGACCCUACCUCUGGUGGCCUGCUCAGUAAGCAGCCACUUCGCUACAGACGUUCUCCAAGGGGGAUGGCGUCACCAGAAAACCAGCACAUCCUUCGCAUAGUGGCCACAGACCAUGGGAAGCCACCACUGUCAUCGGAGGCUACAAUUUACAUCAAUGUUGUUGAUGCUAACAACCACAUGCCCAAAUUUGACAAGGCAGCAUACUUUUCACCACUGCCAUACAACGCUGUUGUUGGACUAUCUGUGCUCCAAGUCACUGCGAGGGAUGAACAAGAUGUGGGCAUCAAUGCAGAAUUGGUUUACAGCAUUACUGAUGGCAACGGAACUGGUCUUCUUGAUGUGCAUCCAUCAUCUGGAUGGUUAACAGUAGCCAAACCAUUGCCAAGAUACCAGGGCCAGAAGUUUGUCCUGAAGGUCAAAGCUACAGAUCAAGGAGUGCCGCCCAAAACAGCUGAUGCAGUUGUGUCCAUUUUUAUCACAGCAGAGAACCAGUUCAACCCAGUGUUCAGUGCACUAAGCUACCAGAUUAUCAUCCCUGAAAAUGAACCUGUUGGCUCUGAGCUGCUUACCGUUUCUGCCACAGAUGCUGACUCAGGUCUGAAUGGACUGGUACGCUAUUCAAUUCAGUCAGGAAAUGUCAACGACAGCUUCAUAAUGGACCCGCACACUGGAGCAAUGGCCAUCCGUCGAGUCUUGGACUAUGAAAGUACACCGGAGUUCCGACUCAAUGUCAGCGCUUGUGACAGUGCAUUUAACGUCAAGUGUGCUUGGGCAACAUUGACUGUAAUUGUGACUGACGUCAAUGACUGUGCUCCAGAAUUCAAUGCUACCAUUUUUGAUGCGUACGUGCCAGAAAAUGAGUUGACGGGGACUGUUGUUACACAGCUCAUAGCUACAGAUGCAGACUCAGGUCGAAACAAACUUAUUCAGUAUGCUCUUGUGGGUUCUUCUGAUUUCGCCAUUGACAGCCAGACUGGGUUAGUUACAACAAAGACAACAUUUGACUAUGAACAAGCCAGCGAAUAUGUUCUUGAAGUAGUGGCGAGCAACCCUGGAUCACUGCAGUACAGCUCCUGCCAGCUGCGUGUCCACAUCACAGGAAAGAAUGAGUUCUACCCUCGAUUUGUGCAACCUGUAUUUCAGUUUGCAGUGAGUGAAUCGACAGUAGUAGGAACAGCAGUGGGCCGUGUCCUAGCAACAGACGAGGACUCUGGACCUGACGGUCAUGUGUAUUUCCUUUUUGUGGGAAGCAGCAAUGACAGAGGAUUUCGCAUUCAACCCAGUACUGGCAUAAUUACAGUGGCACGUGUCCUCGAUCGUGAAGCCCAAGCUCGAGUUGUUUUGUCUGUGAUGGCUAAGAAUGCAGGAAGUAUUCGUGGCAAUGAUACUGAUGAAGCUCAAGUUGUUGUAAGCAUUCAGGAUGGCAAUGACCCACCAAUGUUUCUGCAACCACUGUAUGAAGCUCGCCUCAGUGAAGCAGCCCCUGUGGGUUCAUCAGUACUGACAGUGUCUGCAGUGGACAGGGACGUGCGCCCCAACAACCACCAAUUUUUCUACUCAAUUGUUGAUGGUGACCCCAACAAAUCAUUUAGUGUGGAUGCACAGACUGGACUUCUACAAACUUCAAUGCCUUUGGAUCGUGAAGCAGUUCCAGUUUACUCCUUGACUGUGGCUGCAAUUGAUCAUGGAAGUCCACCGCAAACAGGAACAACAGUGGUUCGUGUGACGUUGGAUGAUGUCAAUGAUAAUGGCCCUGAGCUUGAGCCAGCGGAUCUUUUGGGCUACGUGCUUGAAGAUGAGCCACCUUACACUAGUGUCAUCACCUUGUCUGCCAGGGACCCUGACUUAGCACCUAAUGGAGCACCCUUUACAUACUCCCUGGUUGGUGGAGCCAGGAAGAGCUUGUUUGAACUCGACCGUGACACUGGACUCUUAAGGACCACACAGCGCCUUGACCGAGAGGCAACCCCAUCAAUACAGCUUUUGGUUGAAGUACAGGACAGUGGCACCCCACCCAUGCGAGCACGGCACACCCUUACCAUAAUGCUGGUUGACAAAAAUGACAGCCCUUCAGCACCACGCUUGGUGACAGUUAUGGUCUGGGUCUACCAAAAUCUGUUUCCAGGAGGCAAGAUUGCAGAUGUAAGGCCCCUUGACCCUGACACCACAGGUGAAUACCAGUGUCGCCUGCAAGGUCGUGAUGCGAUAUUCAGCAUUGUAAGCUACUGUGACCUCCACGCAUCUCGUCUGCUCAGCCCCAGCAACUACAGCCUCACUGUACGUGGAAAUGAUGGCUAUCACCAAGAUGUGACAUCAACUGUGAAUGUGCAGUUCAAGGCUUUUGACAAUGCUACUGUAGAAAACAGCAUCUCUCUGAACAUUGUCAAUCAGUCUGCCCAUGACUUCUUGAGUUCCACCUACGACCGGUUCCUUGGGCUGCUGGGACAUGUACUCGAGGGUUUGGGCAUACCAGUCAUCUACAGCAUGACGGAUGUACAAGGACAGCUCCAACUGGCCCUUGCUGUGAAAAGGUCAUCCGGAGCACUGGUAACCCCUGAAAAGGUGGUUCGGCGCCUAGAAGCCAGGAAGGACUCCCUACAAGGGAUGCUCACCAAGACCAUCUUAGUUGGCUAUGAGCCGUGCGUGAGCUCACCUUGUCAGCACGGUGGCACCUGCCACAGCUACCUUGACCUGCAGCCGUCCCUCCUCAUCCUAGAUUCACCCCAGCUCGUGUUUGUGUCACCCCGUGCAAGUCGCUCGUUUGCCUGUUCCUGCCCCAGUGGCUUUUCUGGAGACCAGUGCCAGGAUCAGCUGGAUCCGUGCUCACCAAACCCAUGUGCAGAUGGCGCACCCUGCCAACCGGACAUUGAAGCAGGCUUCCGGUGUACAUGUCCACCUGACCGGCAAGGCCCACGCUGCAAAAGCCCACGUCAGGAAAGCUGUGCCAGCUCACCUUGCAAGAAUGGUGGCAGCUGCAGGGAGGCCCCUGGUGGCUCCUUCUUCUGCCUCUGCAGGCUCGGCUUCAAAGGAAGCUUGUGUGAGCAGGCAGCUGACGGGUGCAGGCCAAGUCGGUGCCGCAACGGGGGUACCUGCGUCAGUGACGGGCCCGCAGGUUACCACUGCCAGUGCGAGCCCAACUACUUUGGAAAGCACUGUGAAAAGUCAACCUAUGGCUUCCAGCCCUAUUCGUACAUGGCCUUCCCCUCACUCAAGCCAAGCACCAAUGACAUUUCAAUCGUGUUCUCCACAAACCAAAGGGAUGCAUUGCUUGCCUACAACUUUGGUGUUCAGAAUGGUGGCCGAUCUGAUUUUGUGGCACUCGAGAUUGUGGAUGGCAAGGCACAGUUUUCCUUUGGUGGGUCGCGUACAGCCAUUUCCAAAGUCUCUGUUGACAAAGAAGUUGCUGAUGGUGGAUGGCACAGAGUCACUGUCAUUCGCAAUGGCCGGGUCGCAUCACUUUCAGUCGUGAGCUGCCAAGAUCAUGGAGAAUUUUGCGAAGAGUGCUCUCAUGCCAACUCAAGCUGCUCACUUUCGGUUACUGGACAAGCAGGGACUUUGAGCCUUAGCAGUCAGCCACUGUUUGUGGGCGGGCUGCCAUCUGUGGAGCCACUGCUGGAGCGGCCCAGCCAGGUGGCAGCCGAUGACUUUGUCGGCUGCAUGCACAGUGUAUCAGUUGAUGGCCACCCACUAGCGCUGGAUGCUCCCCUCAGAGCACAGUACACCACAGUUGCCUGCGGCCGCAGGGGUGACCCCUGUGCUGGUGGUUGCAAGGGUGGGGCGCCCUGCCAUGACCUUUGGUUUACAAGCCGGUGUACCUGCUCUGGAGGGGGCCUGCUGGCGCAUGACUGCAAUGAAGGUGAGCUCCCACGGAUGAACACAUCUCUCCCUCUCCCUCUUGCAUCCUUCCUGCCACCGCUGCUGUUAGCAGUAACCAGCUCCAUACCAGGCCAGACAACAGGAAUGAUAAAAUAUAUUGGGGAACAGUUUCACCUCAGAAAACGUUUCAUUGAAGUAGCACAACCAGUUAUUAUAACUCUGCAUUCAAAUUCCCUACAUGUUAUGAAACACUCUCUUGCAGCCCUGGAGCCCUAUUCACUCGGAAGCGGUUCAUACCUGGAACUUGUUCCUCAGGAGAAGCACAGGCGAGCAGCCCUGCUCUUGCAGCAAGGCCGGCGCACUGUCAGGAGCACUGCCAGCUUUAAGACAAUGGCCUUCAGGCUUCGUACUAGGACUGACGUCGGUCUACUUCUGCAAGUGGCCACUGAGAGAGACUACACAAGACUACAGCUUGUGGAUGGACAUCUGGAGUACAUCUCUCAGACAAAGCAGCAGGACCCAGUGCGGUGGCGCCACCCCAGGCGCAUCUCUGAUGGCAACUGGCAAGACAUCACUCUCAGUCGCAAGCUGGAAUCUGGUGGCGCAGUCAUGCUCGCUGUUGGGGACGCGGAGCAUCAAAUUCCAAGUGAUGGCAGCCUUCAUGACUUCCUUGACCCUUUCCUGAGUUCCUUUACCAUCGGCGGACACUGGGACAUGAACUCAGUCACUGAUGAGAAUUCUCCAGGUUCCUUUCAAGGCUGCAUUCAGCAGAUUGCAGUGAAUGGCGAGCUGCAGUCUCUCAAUGCCAGCCACAACUACUUUCAACUGGUGGUGAGAGGCACCGUGGGACGCAGCUGCAACCAGGAAGCCCUCGGCCUUGAUGUGGCAGCUGAUCCACUUGGCGUCGGCAUCAUUCUCGUCAUUGCCUUCUUUGUGGUUCUCAUUCUGGUUAUCCUGGUCAGCCUGCUUGUGUUUCGUCGGUGCAAGCUCAAGCGCCCUAAAGCGGCAACCAGUAGCACCCAAGCAAAGUCAAAUGGGUGCAGUGUCAUCAACCAACUCACAGAUGCAACUAGGGCAUCUGCACACCAGGAGCCAAAUUACACUGAACCAGCCAUGCCAUCUGCACCAGAAGAGCAUCCACGCAGCACACCAUCAGCACCAGAAUUGGUACCGCCAAAGAGGACAAGGGAAAGGGAAGGCAGUGCUGACUUGCAGCAGGUUCGUGCUCCACAGAGGCCGGACAUUAUAGAACGGGAAGUUUUGCAUGCUUCAUCACCGCUUGCGGGACCUCGGUGCCCGGAACAGCCUGCCUACAGUUCAGCUGAGCCAGAGCACUAUGACCUUGAAAAUGCAAGCAGCAUUGCCCCCUCAGACAUCGACGUUGUGUACCAUUACAGAGUGUUCAGAGAUGGCAGCCAGCUACGCAAGCUGCACAAGGGUGUACACAAGCACCCUGGCACACACAGGCACAGCCCAGCAAGCCCCAAGGCAAGGCACAGCCCACGACAACAGCUUCUCUUGCGACCUGCAGCCCGAGACAGCCCGUCAGCUUUGAAGAUGCACAGCACGCCACUUGCUAGGCUCAGCCCAUCUAGUGAGCUGUCACGCCAAACACCACGCAUUUUGACUCUGCAGGACAUAAGUGGAAAACCCCUUCAGACAGCCCUUUUGGCCAGUGCUCACCCAGGUGGCGGUUCCAAGCCUUUCAAAGAUCCACUGACCAACUCUGAACGCAGUCUCAACAGCCCUGUGAGUCAGCUGAGUCGAAGCACUGGAAGCCUUCCCUCAGCCAAACUCAAGCAAGCUUGUGCUCCAGCUGCGGAGAGUCACUGUAGUCAGCCACUUUCUGGGCUAGGUCUUACAGCAGAGGAGAUUGAGUGCCUUAAUGCAAGGCCCCGUAACUCCAGCCUGGUGAGCACGCUGGAUGCUGUUUCUUCUUCUGGAAGUGAAGGUACAAAGGCUAAACUGUCUCAGUUGCUGGAAGAUCGGCCAACUACAACCACCCUCCUAGAUGCUGCUGCAGUUCAUGACUCGUCAAGUGAUGAAAGUGGAAACGACUCAUUUACCUGCUCAGAAUUUGAAUAUGACAAUGGAUAUGACAAAGCCCACCAUCGUGAUUUUGGCCCGGGUAACAUGAUCUUCUCCAAGCUCGCUGAGGAGGACAAUGAGAAUGACGAGGACCCAUCGAAAACGUAUGAUGGUUUCGACUCAUUCAGGGGGUCACUAAGCACUUUAGUGGCCUCGGAUGAUGACCUUUCACACCUUUCUUACAAGCCCCCCAGUGGUGCAGUGCUUGGUUGGGACUGCUUGCUCAAUUGGGGACCGAACUUUGAGAACUUGGUGGGUGUGUUCAAGGACAUUGCUGACUUGCCAGACACAGUCAGCCCACUUACACCUGGGCAUCCAAAGCCCAAUGAAGAGUAUGUUUGAGCUUGCUCUCCAUGAAUACUCAGCGGAACCAGCUGGGUUGAAAAUGCACAGAUGCCAAAAGAAGUGAGUCAGGACAUGUACUGUUAUCAGGCAGCUUGCUCCUGAAAAAAGCAAAAGCAAACUUGAGAGUAGUCCGAUUUUCUUAUAGUUUCAUGCAAUGAUUACUAAAGGGAAGUCUGGUGCAUUAGACGUUAGCAGAAGAUUCUGGUAUGGCAGGUUAACCAGCAUUUGAAUGAUUGGAAGUACAUAGCAUGCAAAUAGAUUAAACUUGUAUCUCCUAAUGGCAUUUCACAUUAACCUUAUCAAAGCUACCCUGUCAUUACACAUGAGCUAUAUUGCAAUUAUUAGCUUUUUCACCUUUGAGCACUAUUGUUUGGCUAUUCGCAGCAUUUCCCGCAUGAAAAAAAAGAAAAGAAAUACAUGUUACGAAGAGCAAUUGUAUUGUUGAGGGUGGAUGUCUGAGUUUCCCUUUAUUAAUUACUUCUCUCCACCUUGCGGCUUUCCGCAGAAUUAUUACGUCGAAGAGCAAUUCCCUUAUGGCAAGUGUUAAUGUAAGAAUGUUGCUCAGGCUUUGCUACAUAGACAUGCACAACAUCAUUUAAUGCAUUCGGCAUCCCAAGGGUAAAUGUGUAACAUUAAAUAUAAUUCAUUUUAAAUGCUGUAGAAUUAUAUUGCAGCAUGGGAUGACCACAAAAUUCAAUCAAGGGAGAGAAUAGAAAAAUGUCACUCCCUGGCUAAGUGCAUGGACAUUUAUCAUAACCAUGCUGGUUGGAUGAUUGCAGCAUCAGACUGUCCUUUAGUAAUACUAGCAUGGAACUCUACGGGUCUUGUUUUUAACAGCAUGAAUUUCAUGUGUGGAUAUGCAAAUGAAUAUAAUUAAUAAGCAGGCUCCUUAAUAUGCCACUGCCACUAUGUCAGCUAAACAACAGCUUCCUUUUGGUAUUUGACUCUCACGGAAAUUUAUGGCAAACACAAAUUUGAUUAAUUAUAAGGAGUAAAACAAAAGUACACUAUAUUUGUCAGUAAUGAAUCCUUUAGUGCAAGCGAUUAUUUGGUUGCCUGUGAAAAGUUUGGGUAUAGCAAAAUGUGGCUGCCUUAGAAGACAUCAAUGAUGGUGGAUGGAUCAUGUGUUUGCUUUAAGCUUGAAAAGUGUAUUGCAUUAAGAGAGAGUAACUAAUGCUGUGCUUUUGACCCAGCUGGUCUCCAGUGCUACACUGGUGCACACUUGAAACCUAGUCACAUGAAAUGCGCGUUAAAAAAAGGAAAUGUCCACAAUGCCGCUGAGAUACGUAGAUGGCCUAGCACUUGUUAAAGUUGCUGGUCUUGGUUAUUCUUGGCGUACAGGCCAAAGCGUAACUGCCAUUUCCUAAUUUAUUGGGCCUGUUUUUGUGGACACUGUCUGAUCAUAUUGUGAACUAACGACACAUACCUCAUAUCAAGCUUUGAUUCAACUUUGUCCUGUGUUGUUUUUGUCUACGUGUUCCUGUUUUCAGAGCCCCUUUUUUGCAGUUUUUUUUUUGUGUGUGUGUCUGUGUACCUUCCUCAGCAUUUGUUUGUUUUGGAGCAUAUUUUGUUGCAGGUUCACAUAUGCUCUGCAAGACAAAUACAGCAUUCAAAAAGAAAAAAGAGGCCAAGUAAUUUGCAGCACAAGACAAUCAGCUCUGUAUCUUGUCACAAACUGAAGCCAUAUUCUGCUGACUUCUAGUCUCAAAACAAAGUGCCUCUACGUUCCACAAUGGCAGACUUAUGCAAUGCUAUACAUGUGGAAUUGGCAGACAAGGAAAAGUGAAGGUAGAAACAUUUUGCUUUUAGACCAAUUACUCAAGGCUGUUCUCAGACUACCUGUGCACACUCUCAUUUGACCUCUUUACCAUGUGCCAUGUUUUCUUUUCUUUUUACAGUGAAACUCAACAGAAACUGAAUAAAACAGCUUGUUGCUCAUGAA